AUGGCGUUCCAUCCAAGACUCUGAACAGGGCUACAACUUUUCAAAGGAUGCAGAACACAGCCCCAUUGGGGGGAAGAUGGGAAGAAAAUAUUUCACUGUAGACGAAUAGCUUUAUGCAAGUCGUGAGAAGUUUAUGCAACAGCAAGACAUGUCCAAAAGCUCCUCAGGUCUGAAUACAAGCAGCCAUAGAUUCUGUAAAUCCUAUUCCUCUCACUGUUCUGCUCUAAGUGAUACAGAUACUACUUUGCCAGUUUUAUCAAGACACAGAGGAAUACUCCAGCAGAGCGCUGACUCAGGGAUAUCUUCACCACUUCCCUCAGAUUCCUUCAAGUAUCUCACUUGGCAUGAGUUAAAAGAACAUGAUGUUCGUGGAAAUCAGAUUCGUUGCCCCCGGGUAAGAGAAGGGCCUUCAGAAGAAGAGCUAUUUUUCAGAGGAGAAGAAGAUGCCUUGCAAGCAAGAAAACAAGUAACAGAAAAAGAGAAAUGGCAACAGAGGCUGCAAGAAAACUGGGAAAACUGUGCAAAUUUGAACCUUUCAUUUCAGGACUUGGGAGACCUUUACCAGCUAGAAAACUUUAACAGGAUUCUCCGGAGAUUAAUUCGAGUGGAAAGACUUUGGUUGAUGGACAACUCUUUGACAGACCUAAGUGCCAUAAGGUUGCCAAGAUGCAAAGAAUUAAAUGUCAGUAAAAAUCAUUUUACAUCCUUCAAACAGCUGCCAAAGAUACCUCAGAUUCGUCACUUGUCACUGGCUGAUAACAACAUUGAGACACUAAGUGGGAUAUCAGACUUGAGAUCUACUCCACUAGAAUCCCUUAUACUCAAGAGGAACCCCUGUGAGUUCAAAGAAAACUACAGGCAGCUAGUGUUCUCCAAUUUGCCAAACUUGAGAAUGCUGGAUGGGGUCCCAAAGCUGCCAGAGGAUUGUCCACCUCCAGAGAUCAGUUUUCUUUCAAAAAUGUGCACCAUAUUGUAGCACUGUAUUUUGUAUCAUAAUGGAGCUAAUGGAAUUGCCAUACUUAACAGAACUAAUAAAUCCAGUACAUACACUUUUUUUCUGAUCAAACAGCUGUAGAGUCCGUCUGGAAAUUUGAUCCAGUUGAA